AGAAAAUAUUUUCUGCCACUCAGCCUAGUGAAGCACACAGCUCGUGUUUUUCGUAAGUUUUUUUUCGCUCGUGGUCAUUGUGCGUUGCGUUUCCACCUGAAAAAUAGUCGGAAAAUCGCUCGAAAUGGUUGAAAUUGGUUGCGCGAGUGCGUGCAGUGUGUGAUUUCAGUGAAAUUCCUUGCAGUGGUAUCGAGGAAGGCCCCCCUUCUCAUCAGUGUGGUCGUGGUGAUGGUGUACCGUCUCGUCACGUCGUUGUGUUGGUAAAGUGCGUUUGUGAAUAGGUGCGAAUUGGUGUGUGCGCCCAAUCAUCACCAUCAUCUUUGAUAGCAGCCAGUCAUCAGCAGGAGCAAUCAUCGAUAUACGCGUAAACUCACUGACGGACGACGGACUCUACGUACAAUACAUAUUACACACAGUGGUAAGAAAGAAAACGUCCGAGAAAUAGAUCCGAGAGCGAGACGAUUUUCAGAGCCAAUCGAAUCCAAUCCAAGUUUGAAAUUGAAAUUGCCUUCGCGCAUCGACCGACGACGAAAUUAUUGCCAUUGGAGAGCAGUGCUGUUGUUGUUGGUUCGGUAGGCAAGCGAAAAUUUAUGCUGAAAAUCGACAGACGACUAUCGGAGGCUUGAAAAGCCAAUAGUCAAGAAGUGAAGAAGAGCUGCGGAGGCCAUCGAAAAGUCACACAGGGGAGAAGCGCAAGGCACAGGCAGCAAAAAGUCGGAAGAAGCAGCUGGUGGAAGAAGUGAAAUUUCUCCGCAGCCAAGGGAACGGACAAGCAAGCAACAAGGAAGGCAUUUCCUGUGUUCAAAGUGCAAGAAGCUCCAGCUCUCUUGGAACAGAACGAGGAUCCCAAAAGGGAGAGAACAAACAGGAGCCCAAAAGCGAACUGAGAUCGUGUAAUAUCGGAAGUAAACUUGCUGCAGUGAGGCAGUGGCAACAGCGGUGUACAUAACGAACUAAACAUACAACAAAUUGAACCCAGCCAUGGAGCUACGCGUAGGCAACAAGUACCGGCUCGGACGCAAAAUCGGCUCCGGUUCGUUCGGUGACAUCUAUCUGGGCACGAACAUUUCCACCGGCGAAGAGGUAGCAAUCAAACUGGAAUGCAUCAAAACCAAACACCCACAGUUACACAUCGAGAGCAAGUUCUACCGGAUGCUGCAGGGAGCCGUUGGUAUACCGACUAUCAAAUGGUGCGGCUCCGAGGGCGAUUACAACGUGAUGGUAAUGGAACUGUUGGGACCCUCGCUGGAAGAUUUGUUCAAUUUUUGCUCAAGACGAUUCACACUGAAGACUGUGAUGCUGUUAGCAGAUCAGAUGAUUUCCCGUAUCGAUUUCAUACACUCGAGAAACUUCAUUCACCGAGACAUCAAACCAGACAACUUUCUCAUGGGACUGGGGAGGAAAGGGAACCUAGUGUACAUAAUUGAUUUCGGACUGGCGAAGAAGUAUAAGGAAUCCAAAACGUUGGCACACAUUCCCUACCGGGAAAACAAGAAUCUAACCGGAACGGCACGUUAUGCCUCCAUCAAUACACAUCUGGGCAUUGAACAGAGCCGUCGAGAUGAUAUGGAAUCGCUGGGCUAUGUACUGAUGUAUUUCAACUUGGGAACGUUACCGUGGCAAGGAUUGAAAGCCGCGAACAAACGGCAAAAGUACGAACGGAUCUCGGAAAAGAAGCUAUCGACCCCGAUCGAAGAUCUUUGCAAGGGUUUCCCAGUGGAAUUUACCUCAUAUUUGUGCUACUGCCGCCAGUUGGACUUCAUACAGCGCCCAGAUUACGGUUAUCUGCGGAAAUUGUUCCGAGUACUGUUCGCGCGACAAGGUUACGUAUAUGAUUACGUGUUCGACUGGAACAUGUUGAAGUUUGGAGGAACCACCCGUAACAACAAUGCCAAUGAGCGAAAUAAAACCAAUGCCGCUGUCCAGCAGAACGACCCAGCUGCCCUUGGUUCCAGUAUGGUAGCCACUGCUGGUGGUGGCGUAGUAACAACCGUAACCGGAACGACUGCCUCCCUAGCGAAGAAUAAUGACUCUUGCAAGCAGCUCACCAACCGGAUGGUCCAGAUGAUGGCCCAGCGGCCGCCCGGUGCCGAUCAGCAACAGGCUCCAGUGCCCGGAUCACAACAGCAGCAGCAACCAUCCCACAACAACAACGCCGGAAGUACGAAUCCGGAACCUAUCGCUACUUUCUCCCGGCAUGACACACCCGAACGUCGCUCGUCUAUUCGUUUGCGUGGCCAAAAUCUAGACUCACGAAAUAUUGAAUAAUAUUAAAUUCAUUAUUUAAGUUUUUAUUUACAUAUAUAAUUUUAAUUAUAUAUCUAUAAUUCUGUCAUAUGAGUCAUGCAAAACCAGUAACGGCUUCAGGCCCGACUGGCAAAUGGCUGAUAGGGCGAAUCUAGAGAAACCGUCUAGGUGUUGCCGCAGUAAUGGAUAAAAUGCGAACGGGUCACAUUGCUUUACCUUAUUUUUUAUUCUCAGUGCAAAUAAGGCCCUUUUCGCAAACAGAUUUACACAAAAAUAGACUAGCUAGUGCAAAGAUUAACAUACAACCCACGUAGGGAUACGAGAUAUGGAGGCGAUACAAACACACUCAAAACAUUUAGAGCAUUCAAGAAACUGGCCAUUUUCGGGAGACAGGCGGCAACGCGUGCAAGAAAGGAAAGCUAGAGCGAAGAUAGAGAGAGAAACAAAUGAUGUAGUAGAGAUCAAGUUAGGUAUAAUGCAAUUAUUAAUUAAAAUCAUUAAUUAAUAUCGUAAAUGUAGUGAUGUUUGAGCUGGAAGAGUUGAAAAUACACAAGGAAAGUGAAAUUGAAAUUGACAGAUAUAAGCACCACUCACUUAUAUGAACACACGAAGAUCACACAGAGCGUGAUCACAUACAUACAUACACACAAACACACUCACAGAAAGAGACUAAAACGAAUGAGUGAUAAUAAAACUCGUACGUCUUAUACAUGAAACAAACAAAA